AUGGAGGAGCUAGAACCGUUCACGUGUGCAUAUUGUGAUCUAUCAGAGAGACAACGAAUUAUCAUUCAGAAUCCAAAUAAAUUCAGAAACAAUUUAACGUGGAUACGGAUGAAGAAACUUUCUAUAUCAAAAUCUUGUAUGUCGGCACGUUUGCAUACUCGUAAUGACGAAAUCGUAAAGAGAGUUUGCGAACAUAACCACGCAGGAAAUGCUGCUCGGGAGGAUUUUCCAGUGGAAGCUCAACCGGUUUUAGACAAUUUGGAGGACACUUGGAUUGGAAGACCUAAUCGGUGUCAACAACGCAAAUCUCCACGUUUUUCAUACGACCUGUGGAACUGCUACAAUGCAGCUCUCAACGGCUUGCCAAAAACCAACAAUUCCUGCGAAGAGUGGCACAGAGCCUUUAAUGAGUUAAUUGGAGCUAGCCAUCCAACAAUAUGGAAAUUCAUUUCAUCUUUGAAAGACGAACAAGCUUCAAAUGAAGGAAAAAUAGAACAGUAUGUUGCUGGUGCCAAACCGCCUCCAAGCAAAAAGGAAUUAGAACUUCUUCUUGUUGGGUCUUCGACUUGGGAUAUGUUUCUUGCCGUUCAAUCGUACAACCUCGACGACAACAAAAACAAAAGAAGGAGGCGGAUUCGUUUUCACAGAAUCCAAGGCCUGUUUUCACUGGGCCUGUCAGUCAGUCGGUCGGCUUUCGCACUACCCUGGCCUGUUUUCACUGGGCCGUCAAGUUUGGUCGGCUUCCGCACAACCAACACAAAACAACAAGAGUCUCCAAUGCCAAUGAGCAUAGAGUCUCAUACCAAAUCCACUUUUGAGAACUUAAGACGUUUCCGAAAACCAGAGACCAGAAUAGGCACUGAUUAUUCGAAGCUGCCUAGUCAACCCAGUGCGGACUCUCUGCCCUUCUUCUAA